AUGCAGUCCGUAAAAAUUGAAGAUCUGCCGGAGAAUCCUCGAGACCAAUCGAAUUUUAUUUCUUCAUCAUGUUUUUGGUACACUAUGCCCAUGUUUUUUAAAGGGUCUAAAAACACAUUGGAUACAAAGGACCUGUACCGACCCCUAAGGGAACAUAAGUCUGAUACUCUUGGUAACAAACUGUGCACCGCCUGGGAGCGAGAGCAAAGAAAUUGUAAGGAAAAGCCGAGUUUGUUGAGAGUUUUGUUGCAGGUUUUUGGCUGGCAGUUAGGACUUCCCGGGCUGGCAAUAUUCUUUGUGGAUAUCGGACUGACAUCUUUUCAGCCAAUCCUUCUGGUGAAGCUAAUUUCGUACUACUCAAAUGGCUUAGAAGCAGUUCAAAAGGGCUAUUAUUAUGCGGGAGCUUUGAUUCUGAACAGCGCACUGGCAGUGAUCAUCUCAGUUCCAGUCUCGUUCACCAUACAUCAUGUCUGCUUUAAAAUGCGGGUUGCCUUGAGCAGCAUGGUUUACCGGAAGGCUCUGCGCCUGAACAAAAGAGCAUUAGGCACCGCCACUUCUGGGCAUGUGGUCAACCUUAUAUCUAACGAUCUCUCCCGCUUCGACAGGUCGUCCUUUACUGUACACCAUCUUUGGGUGGGGCCUCUGCAAACCGUUUUGGUAACCUAUUUGAUGUAUCAGGAGAUUGGAAUAUCUGCUGUUUUCGGUGUGAUCUUUAUGCUGCUCUUCAUACCAAUACAGAUGUACCUGGGCAAAAAGACAUCUGAGGUUCAAUUGAAGGCCGCCAAACGUACGGACAUCCGGUUGCGGAUGAUCACUGAAAUUAUUUCGGGCAUCAAAGUGCUCAAGAUGUACGCCUGGGAAGUGCCCUUUCAGAAUAUGGUGGAAUAUGCGCGCAAGAAGGAGAUCAAACAUAUUAGUCGAGGACAAAUCAUAACUGGCUUCCGUAUAGCAUGCAGAAUAAUUCUCUCCCGUGUCUCCAUCUUCCUCAGUUUGGUUGGCUACGUAAUCCUGGAACAAUUUCUCACACCGGAGAAGGCCUUUCUAAUCACUGCAUUCUAUAAUGUCCUGAAAGCGUCCAUGACCAUUUUUUUCCCUCAAGCCAUUUACCAGACGGCACAAAUUAUUGUUUCCGCCAAACGUGUGGAAAAAUUCAUGCAAUUGGAGGAGAUAAAUGGGUCGGAAGAUUUCCCUCAGGAUACGGUCAUUACUAAAGCAGAGGAGGAAAGUCUUUUACUUAAAUCUCUAUCUGAUAAGGAUCAAAAGGACGAACUUCCAAAGUCUGCAAUCUCAAUAACAGGACUCAGUGCCAAAUGGGACCCCGAAUCUCCUGAUUACACGCUUAAAGAGGUAAGUCUAGAGAUUCAGCCCGGGACCCUAGUGGCCAUCUUGGGUCCCACUGGAUCUGGCAAAUCCAGUCUUAUUCAGGCCAUUCUCGGCGAGCUUAAAGCGGAGUCUGGCCAGAUUUGGACAAAUGGUGCCCUGUCCUACUCCUCCCAAGAGCCAUGGCUCUUCUCUGGCACUGUGCGUCAGAAUAUCCUCUUCGGCCAACCCAUGGAUCGCCAAAGGUAUGACAACGUGGUACAAAAGUGUGCCUUGGAGCGGGAUUUCGAUCUGCUUCCGUUUAAGGAUAAAAGUCUAGUUGGAGAGCGUGGAUCCUCUCUGUCGGGCGGUCAGAGGGCAAGGAUAGGUUUGGCGAGGGCUGUCUUCCGUGAUGCCUCCAUAUACUUACUGGACGAUCCGAUGAGUGCUGUGGACACCAAAGUGGCCAACCAUAUCUUUGAGCAUUGCGUGCGUGGCUAUCUCGAAGGGAGCACCGUAGUUCUGGUUACCCACCAGCAGCAGUUCCUCCAGUUAGCCGAUCAAAUUGUGAUCCUGGAGAAAGGACAGGUGAGUGCUGUUGGAACCUACGAGUCGCUGCUAAGCAAGGGUAUCGACUUUGUUACCAUACUGGGCGAAACAGAGGAGCGAGAUGAUCCGAAGGAGGACCCACCGUGUUUGGACAUCGAAGUGCGUCGCAACAGUGUGAAAUCUGUGCAUUCCAUCGCCGAUUCGUGCCCCGAGAAGACUAAUAAGGAGCACCAAGAAUCAGGUCGCGUUCGUCUGGCAUUAUACAGAAAGUACUUCCAGGCCGGAGGCGGAUGUUUUCCAUUCCUUGAGAUGGUAAUCUGCUCAGUACUCGCGCAGGUCGUGGUUUCGAGUGGCGACUACUUCCUGAGUUACUGGGUCAACCAGGAGCGCAACGAAGGUGUUGAAGGAGAAAAAGAAAUCCUGGAAUCGCAGCUUUUACCAAAGGGAGUGGUUAUAGACUCUGAUACAUUGGACCUAUUAAUAUUCACGUCGAUUAUAAUAUUAUCCAUUUUAUUGACCUUUUUGUUCACGAUAAUGCUGUUCAAUAUGGCACAGAAAGCUUCUAUUCGUUUGCACAGCAACAUAUUGAAUCGGAUUCUGCGAGCUCCGAUGCACUUCUACAGCACAAAUGAACUGGGAAGCAUCUUGAAUCGGUUUUCCAAGGAUAUGAGUCAAGUGAGCGAGCCACUUCCCGAGGUGAUGGUAGACGUGAUACAGAUCUUUCUUUGGCUGGCUGGAAUCAUCAUCGUUUUAGCCAUUGUAAACCCUAUGCUGCUGGCUCCAACCCUCAUUUUAGCAAUUAUUUUCUGCUAUCUGCGUAACUAUUAUCUUAAAACUUCAAGGGAUUUGAAACGCAUUGAAGCUAUAGCUCGGUCUCCAGUUUAUUCACAUUUGGCUGCUUCACUGACCGGCCUGUCAACCAUCCGCGCAUUUGAGGCCCAGCGUGUCCUGGAGUCGGAGUUUGACAACUAUCAGGACAUGCAUAGCUCAGCUCUUUACAUGUUCAUGAGUACCUCCAUAGCAUAUGGGUAUUGGAUGGAGUGCUUAUGUGUGUUUUACAUAGCAACCGUUACACUCAGUUUCUUCAUCUUUCCCCCGGCAAACGGAAGUGAUGUAGGUCUGGCCAUAACUCAGGUCAUGGCUAUAAUGGGCAUGGUUCAAUGGGGAAUGCGUCAAUCCGCUGAGCUGGAGAAUACAAUGACAGCCGUAGAGCGGGUGGUUGAGUACGAGGACAUUGAGCCAGAAGGGGAGUUGGAAGCGCCGGUUGACAAGAAGCCACCCAAGACCUGGCCAGAGCAAGGGAAAAUCGUUUUUGACGAGCUGAGCCUGAGAUAUACGCCGGAUCCCAAGUCGGAGAAUGUGCUAAAGUCACUCAGUUUCGUUAUAAAACCAAGGGAAAAAGUGGGCAUCGUGGGACGCACUGGAGCGGGAAAGUCGUCGCUGAUCAAUGCCCUCUUCCGGCUGUCCUACAACGAUGGAUCCGUGAUCAUAGACAAAAGGGACACAAGUGAGAUGGGUCUGCACAACCUGCGUAGCAAAAUCUCUAUCAUACCUCAGGAACCCGUACUGUUUUCGGGCACAAUGCGAUACAACUUGGAUCCAUUCGACGAGUACAGUGAUGAAAAGCUUUGGCACUCCCUUGAGGCAGUCAAGUUAAAGGAUGUGGUGGCGGAUCUUCCCAGUGGCUUGCAGAGCAAAAUCACCGAAGGCGGAACAAACUUCAGCGUGGGCCAGCGCCAGUUGGUCUGCCUGGCAAGGGCCAUCCUGCGUGAGAAUCGCAUUCUGGUGAUGGACGAGGCCACAGCCAAUGUGGAUCCCCAGACGGAUGGGCUCAUCCAAACCACCAUUCGCAACAAGUUCAAGGAGUGCACUGUUCUGACGAUAGCCCAUCGAUUGCACACCAUCAUGGACUCCGACAAAGUGCUGGUCAUGGACGCUGGAAGAGCGGUGGAGUUUGGAACACCCUACGAACUGCUUACGCUAGCAGAAUCGAAGGUGUUCCACGGCAUGGUCAAGCAGACUGGUCAUGCCACCUACGAGAGUCUGCUGAAAAUCGCACAAAACGCAUUUGAAACCGCCCAGGGCCACAGUCUGUCCUCAUUAAAUGAACAAUGAAUGAAUUAAUUAAAUAAUAUGAAUUAUUAAAAUGUGUCAUAAUUAAAGAAAUCUGGAGUUUUAGAUGCAACUUAAUUGUGUUCUAGCUCUCUAGGUUUUUUAGAGCCUAAAGCUUAGACGGUCAUACGGAUGUGAGAGCGGACAUGACCUUUUCUAGUGGUCGUGAU